AUGGCGACCGCCUUCACGGCCUCGCUCGUGUCAGCUGCCCCAGCCACUGGCUCUGCCGUCAACAUCAUGAAGAGAAGUGAAAGUGGUGCUGAGAUCAUUGACUUCGAAUACGUUGCCAAAGCUAUGCGUGAACUUAAUGAGAGAAGUGCUUCUGGCAAUGUCAAUGCCGCCCAGAAGCGUGACGAUGAGGACUUUGUGGACCAGUUGUUGACUCAACUCCACAACUCCAACUUGCUCGAGGAGUUUGUUGACCAGUUUGCCAACUCUCCUCGUUUGAAGCGUUCUGUCCAAGAGGGUGUUGCCCAGGCCAUCCAGGACGGUAACGUCGACGACAUUGUUGUCUUCAAGGCCUUGAAGAACAGUGGUAAGAUGCAGCAGUUCUUCGAAUCCGUUCUCAACGACCAAGACUUGAACGUCGCUCUUUCCUCCGAUGCUAAGAACAUCGUGGAGGAGGUUGAGAGAGACGGUGUUGAGGCUCAAAAGAGAGCUUUAGAGAGAGCCCACCCAUUCAUCAAGAGAUUGUAUGCGGAGCUCCCCAACGCCAGAGAGAAGAGAGACUUCCACCCUGACAUCUUGGACGCUUACGGAAUGGAGAAGAGAGACCUUGUCGAUGCUAUUGGAUCCAUUGUCAGCCUGAUCUUUGACUCUGGUAUCAUCCAGAACAUUAUUCGCUCUAUCUUUGGUAACACCAACUUGAUCCAAGGUGCCUUGAACUUGCUUACCGGUGUCAUUCGUGCUAUUCCAUGGGGUAACUUGUGGAACGCUUUCAAGGAGAGUGGCAUUAUCCUGAGAAUCUUCCGUUGGGGUUUCAACUUCGUUGUCGGUUUGUUCAGUUCUGGCACCGUUGGUAAAAUCUUCAACACUCUAUUUGGAGAUGGAGCCUCUGACACUUCUUUCCUUAGUCGCUUGUUGACUGUCUUGGUUGACGUUGGUGGUGAGCUUUUCCAGAGUAUUGUCAACAACGCUGGCCUCUUUGGUGAGCUUGCUAAGACUAUCUUCAGCGGUCUCUUCGGUGGAUCUGGCUCUGGUUCUGACGGCAACUUCUUGGAGAACCUCCUCGGUGGUUUGGGCUCUGGUUCUGGUUCUUCUGGAUCUGGCUCUGGUAACGAUGUUUCCUCUGGCUCUGGUUCAGGUUCUGGUUCCAGCUCCGGUGGUUUCUUCGACACUAUCUUCAACGAUAUCUUUGGCGGUGACUCGAGCAGCUCCGGCGGUUCUGGCUCUUCUGGAAGCUCCGGCUCCUCUGGUUCCUCUGGUUCUGGCCUUUGGGGCUCUGGUUCCUCUGGCUCCUCUGGCUCCUCCGGCUCCGGCUCCGGAUCUAGUGUCUUCAGUGGAGACGCCAAGGCUUGUUGCUGUGACGCCAAGUUGAUCAAGACCAGAGCUCUCAAGAGAGCUUUGCACAGAAAGAUCAAGCGUUCUGUGAAGAGAGCGAUUGCCAGCAACCCAGAGAACAGCCACGACAUGUUCUUGAACUACGCCUACGCUAAGGUUUAA